AUGACUAGUAUCGACAUUGCUAACUUUCGAGAUGUCCUGAGGAGUGACGACUCCUUGGGACUGAUCCUUCCGGUCGGCAAGAGGGUCGGGCCAUUAAUUUUGAACAUUGCGUCCCUCAUUGUCUUGUCGAUAUGUGGUACCAGGCGAGUACAAAACAUCCGGCGCUGGGGUUUACUGCCCUUAUCUUACUGGAUCCUGCUUCUGAUAUACGCGGACACAUUACUAUUCAUCAUGUCUACAGCGCUUCUAAACGCCGUCGGCAUCAACUCCUCUGAUACGGUCUGCCAGGCCGGCAUCUUUCUGUGUAAGUGUCCAAUUAUCUCCAGUCGCGGGAUGGAAAUAUUUAUAGUAUCACAUGCAGGUCUGGUCUUUUACUUUGUUUCAAAGAUCCUCAUAUACUUGUUUCUCGUGGAGAAAGCCCAUAUUGUCCGGGGUCGAGGAAAGAGACGCCUGAAGAGCAAAUUGUAUUUGUUCAACUGCUUCGGCAUGCUCUUGUCUUAUGCCGGACUCGCUGUCGCCAACAUGAUCCGCCGCAUUGGAUACCUAAGGGAUGAUGGAAUGUGCAUCAUCGGGAUGGAACGUUCUGUGCUUAUUCCAUUGGUCAUCUUUGAAGUCAUCGUCAACUUAUACCUUACAACAACCUUCUUAAUCCCUAUCCGCAAUCUCCACUCAUAUGAUCAUAAUCCUAGGCUUAAGAAGAUGGUCGUCCGAACUUUUGUUGGAUCCCUUGCUACACUAACGUCUACUGUCGUUAAUAUUGUCAUGAUGACGGUCCUCAACGGAGAACCCGCCUGGAUGUGUUUUAUGAUAUGCAAUACCGAUAUCCUCUUCACAACACUCGUGUUGCACUGGGUCACCGUGUCUGAUUCCGUGGGCAAUUCACAGAACAAAUCACCUCGUGCUCCAGGGCACAGUUACGGUUACAGUCAUAACAACACGAAUCCAGAUGAUAGCACGAACCGAACUUCACUAAAGCAUUCAGAGACGAACAACACAAACUGCCGGAGUUCAGGCACUGCUCAAGGAGUUGUGGGAAUUGGAAAGACCGGAAGCCAGGUGGACAUGGCGACUGUUGAUGAAGAAAACCGUGCCACUGGCAAAAAUCCGCAUCAAUUUCAGGGGAGUCCAUUAAGUUCUGAUGACACCAGAUCAGGUUCACACGAUACCGGCAGAGGCUCGCGAAACGACACAGAAAUGUAG